CGCGGCGCUGGCAACCGCCCAGCCGCUCGCGCCGGAUCCGACGGCCGCCGCACCGUCGUCUCCGUCCUCGGCUUGGCCGUAUUAAACCCCCCACUCGACCCCACGCGUCGCCGGCCUCGUUUCUUCUCCGUCGCUUUGCAAGCGAGGACAGAUGGACGGAUACAUGAGGGAGACAAGCGCCGCCAGGGAUGAGGGCGGCCCCGCCGUGUGCAAGGCUGUGGCGGGCGGGAACGUGGACCGGAAGGGCGGCGCGUCCGCAAGGCGCCGCCGCCGCCUCGAGCUCCGCCGGCUCGGGCGGGCCACGGAGGGGUCACCCGUGCCGGCGAAGAGGAUCCGGUCGGGUUCGCACAGAUCGUCGUCCUCCGACUCGUCGCUGGAGACUGCGGCGGCGGGCUGCUGGCCGCCGCGCCUGUCGCACGGCGCCGUGUCGGUGAUCGGCCGGCGGAGGGAGAUGGAGGACGCGUUCGCCAUCGCGCUCUCGUUCCUGGCCUCGGACCCGUCGUCGCCGGGCGCCAAGGACGAGCAGGAGCAGGACUUCUUCGCGGUGUACGACGGCCACGGCGGCGCGCGGGUGGCGGAGGCGUGCCGGGAGCGGAUGCACGUGGUGCUGGCGGAGGAGCUCGGCCUGCGGCGCGGCGUCGGCAGCGACGACCUGCGCUGGGAGGAGGCCAUGGCGGCCAGCUUCGCCCGGGUGGACGGCGAGGUGACCGGCGGCUUCUCGCCCCCGCCCAAGCCGCCGCCGCAGCAGACGGCCGCGGACGCCGCCGACACCAACGCCGGAGCAGGCAACCUGCCCUACCGCACCGUGGGAUCCACCGCCGUGGUCGCGGUCGUGGGCCAACGCCGCAUCGUCGUCGCCAACUGCGGCGACUCCCGCGCCGUGCUCUCCCGCGGCGGCGUCGCCGUGCCGCUCUCCACCGAUCACAAGCCGGAUCGUCCGGACGAGAUGCAGAGGGUGGAAGCAGCUGGCGGCAGAGUCAUCAACUGGAACGGCUAUCGCGUCCUUGGAGUCCUGGCAACUUCUAGGUCCAUUGGCGACUACUACCUGAAGCCGUACGUGAGCGCGGAGCCGGAGGUGACGGUGGUGGAGCGGACGGAGCAGGACGAGUUCCUCAUACUGGCGAGCGAUGGGCUGUGGGACGUGGUCUCCAACGAGAUGGCGUGCAAGAUCGCUCGGAACUGCCUCAACGGGCGGGCGGCCUCCAAGUUCCCGGGGUCCGUCGCCGGCCGCACCGCAGCGGACGCCGCCGCGCUGCUCACGGAGCUGGCCAUGUCACGCGGCAGCAGGGACAACAUCAGCGUCGUCGUGGUCGAGCUGCAGCGGCUCAAGACGAGCCCUGGCGCGGCCUAGUGCAAGUUGUUGGUUUUUGCUGAGACUGAACUGAGAGCAUGUAGCUGUAGCGUGUAGUAGAUGAUAAAAUUUAAAUAUUUGAGCGUGUGCUGAGAGGCUGGGGAUUAUUAAGAGACUCUCCGGCCCGCUAUCAUCAGGGUUCUAAUUGAACGGCAUGUUGAUGCAGUGUGUACAUAGGGAGCGUUAGUUGUAAAAUGUUCAUUUAUCUCGGUGUUCUAAUUACUAGCAAUAUGCAAUUUCUAUUCUCUUAUUAUUCGUGUUUA